AUGUAAAGAACAGCUCGUCCUGAAAAACAGCUUAUUCCUCAGCUGGUUCACAAUGGAUGACGAAGGCAGAUGGCAGACAUGUCAUCUCUUGGACCUGCCUUGGGAGGAUGUUCUCGUUCCACACAUUUUGUCCUACUUGCCGUUGCAGCACAUUGUCAGCCUGCAGAGGGUGAGCAAGCAGUUCCACAGCCUCGUCCAGGUGUACCUGACCAACUGCAGGACUUUUAAUUUUUCCACCAUUGGACCAUGCAUCCCCAAGGAAGCAUUUUGCACAAUGUUAAAAGACAAUAAAGUUCUCCAGAACCUGUCCCUUCAAAACUGUUCAGACUGGGUCACAGACAAGGAGUUGCUUCCUGUUAUCGGCCAGAACCAGCAUCUGCACAGGGUAGACAUGAGUGGCUGUGCCUCCCUUACCCGCCACUCCUUGGUGGCCGUGUCCUUGAGCUGCACGCAUCUCCAGCAUCUCGGCCUGGCUCACUGCGAUUGGGUAGACUGCCUGUCUCUGCGCAGCCUGGCUGACCACUGUGGAGGGCUUCGGUCGAUCGAUCUCACCGCCUGCCGCCAGCUGAAGGAUGACGCCAUCUGCUACCUGGCCAAAAAGUGUUCUGAGCUGAAGUCGCUGUCGUUGGCGGUCAAUGCCAACAUUACAGACGAGUCGGUGGAAGAGGUGGCCAAGAACUGCAGGGGUCUGGAACAGCUGGAUCUGACAGGUUGUCUGCGAGUCCGGAACCAGUCCAUCAGAACUCUUGCAGAGUAUUGCCCAAAGCUGCAGUCCCUGAGGGUGAAUCACUGUCACAACGUGACCGAGUCGAGCCUCGAUCCUCUCCGGAAGCGCAACGUAGUGAUUGAUGUUGAGCCGCCUUUACCGCGGGCUCUGGUGCUUCUUCAGGAUAUGCUGGGUUUUGCUCCCUUUAUCAAUCUGCAGAUCUAGCCACAGGGAGAAACUUAAGAACGAGUUCACAAAGUGAGGCGACUGACAGUUGUCACUGUCAAACCCAUAUCACGUGAUGGAGAAAUUAUUCGACUUUUCAGAAAAGUAUGGAUAUGGAAUAAAAAACAAAAAGAGAACCUCACUGGAAUGUGGUCAACGCUGCAAAGUUAGAAUUUUAACUGAAAAUAAGUUUGAAUUUAACAUUCAAAGAAGAAAGCCAUGUAUGUUUUUAGCCUUGCUGCCUCUUGUCCAAAAUAUAUUACUGCACUUUUUAUUCACUUGAUGUUGCAAGAUUUCAUUCCUUACCAAAAGCAUAAUGUAUUUUUUUGUUGUUUGUUCCAAACAAAAUGCAAAGCUACAAAUGGUCUUAUGUUUCAUUUAGAAACAUUUACAAUGUUUGAGUUUAAUUAAACAUUUUGUUUCGCUUGAGUUUACUUGCAGAAAGGGUCAGUUCACCCAGGGCACACAAAUGCAUUCCCAAAGCUGUCACUGCAACACUAGAUAUUUGUUUUAAUUUAUUUAAGAUUUAAUAUCUCUACUGUGGUGAAUGCAGUGUUUGUAUUCCCACUGACAUGUUUUCUUGAAAAAUUUUAGGUUUUAUCACACUUUGCCAGAAGAGAAGCACUUAGAAAUAACUGAAUCAGUAUAUGUUGUUUUUGUGAUGUGAUUGAAGUGACCCUUAAAAUUAUAUUGUUGUAAAUAUAUAGCCUCAGCACUUGUUUAAAACAAGAAGAAUUUAUUCAGACUUUCCCCCUUUAAGUCUGAGUAGAUUAUAUAAGAACUUGUUAAGCAGUUAUUGUUCUUGUGACACGGCACAUGAAAUACUGUAUGUAAGCAGUUAAAUGAAAAAAUACCACCCAAAAAUGAUGUAUUAAUCUGCUGUAAUUUGUAAAGCAAAACUUUUUUAUGUAUGCUGUCUUUUAAAAAAAAAAUCAAUAGUCUAAAAACUGUGGGAGUGACUGUUUUUUAAUUUUUGAAGGGAUCGUCCUCUAUUUGUUUCCACUUUCCCUUUUGAUCCAGACAUUGUGUCAUAAAGACAGCUUAAGAUCAUAUUCACACCAUAUUCAGAAUUAAUGUGUUGACAUCACGCACAUUUGUCAGUUCAAUUUAAAGCUUCAAACACUGAAGUAAAAAUAGUAUAAUAGCCCUGUUUUACAUUUAUUGUCCACUUGAUGGCAUAGUGGAGCAAAUGAAGGAUCAUGAAGCUUUGGCUCAUGAGUGGACCAAUUGGAAAGAAAGUUUCAGUGCUUCAAAGCCUUGUCUUGCUGUCACUAGUGAACAGGUGUAUGUUGUACAGGUGAGGAGUUAAAAUAGGUUCCUGGUUGGUAGGUAAUCAAAUAUGUAUUUCAUGCAAUAAAAUGGCAAUUAGUUAUUUAAAAUUUGUAGUGUCUUUUUUGGGGUAAUUUUUUUCUUUAAUAAUCUAGUCUCUUAAUGUUGGAAGUCUAAAACUCUGCAGAAAAUUACCUACUUCUCCAUUCUUCGUUCCAGAUGAAAAUAGUGGAAAUUCUGUGACGUAUCAAAUUCUCAUUCCCCCCACUGUAAGUGGACAGCAAUGUAUUGCUAUAUCUGAGGGUGUUCUGUUUUUUGUAAUUUUCAAAUAAUGGUUUGAACAAUGCUCUGUUAGAUAUAAAAAACUUGGAAUAUUGUUUUACAUCCAAACCCUAAUUGUUUGUUCACUAAUGUUAUCUAACAAAUCUUUGAGGCCUUCACAGAUCAACUGUUUACUGAGAUCAAAUCCAAUACAAAAUGAGUGUAUUUUUUGAUUUACUGACUUGUGAAUACUGUUGGUGGUGC